AUGUUAGGGAAGUUAUGUACAAGACAGGGGAUUGGAAUAGUGGGGAAUAGGAUUUUAGGGUCGAAUUUGGUGGUGAGGGUGCCGGUUAGGUUUAGGCAUUCGAUGACGAAUUUGUAUGAGUCGCUGGGUGUGAAGAGGAAAGCGACUCAGGAAGAGAUUGAGGAAGCUUAUAAUGCGCUGAAAGCUGUCUUUACUGAAGGGGAGAUAGACUCAAUGGCUGAUGCGAUGAUGGCUGAUGCCAAAAUGGCUUAUGAAUGUCUUUCAAACCCAGAGAAGAGAGCUGAAUAUGAUGAGUAUCUCACUUCUCAUCUUAAAAUGUCCAGCUAUCAACGUAGAUUUGAAGGAGAUUUCUCUGAAUCAGACACUGAAGAGGAGGAGAAAUUCAGGAAUAGAGGAAAAGACAGAGCCAAGAGGAGAUUUGAGGAGCAAGAUGAAUUCUUUAAUAACAAUUUCAUGCAUAAAAAUCAAUCUAGUAGGAGACAUCAACCAGAUGAUGAUUUUAAGGAUGCUAAAAAGUUCUCAUCAAAGGGAGAGGAUAUCAAAGUCGAGAUUACUAUUGAUUUCCAAGAAUCUGUUAGAGGAGUUGCUAAAGGCAUCAUGAUUGAUAGGCAAAUCAAAUGUCCAACUUGUAAGGGAUCAAGAGCAGCUAAUCCUGAUGAAAUUUCUACUUGAUACAGUUGUAAAGGCAAGGGACUCAAGAAGGACCAACUCUUUGGGAAUUUAGUGAAGUGUAAUACAUGAGACGGCCAUGGAAAAAUUCCAAUAAAGAGGUGAGGAACUUGUGAUGGAACAGGCCUUGUCAGUCAAGGAAUCGGAGAAAAUAUUUCUAUUCCUCCUCUUACUGAACAUGAAAAUUAUCUCAAGUUAGGAAAUCUUGGGCAUGUCUCUGCAUAUGAAAGUGGAGAGCCAGGGGAUUUACUUGUGAAGAUUGAUAUUUACAAUAAUGGACACUAUAUCAGAGAUGGAUUCGAUAUUUACUCAUUAUUGCCGGUUACAAUGUCAGAUGCUCUCCUUGGAACAUAUUUGGAAGUCACAACAAUAGAUGGGAACAAAGAAAAAGUAGCUAUUCAGAGUGGUACAAUGCAUAAACAGUUAAUCAAAAUCCCUCAUAAAGGCUUGUAUGACCAGAAAGCUGAAAAAUACGGUGAUCAUUACGCAAAAGUUUAUCUCCAAAUCCCAGAAAAAGUAUCUCAAGAAGUAAAAGACCUUAUCAAACAGUCAUUCUAAUAAUUUCAACCAA